GCACGCACGCACACCCACAUGAACUGAUGUCACAACUUUGACAGUUUUAUUCACGGCAGUUUUGGUACACUGCCGGUGUAUAAAUAAAUUCCUGCCAAACCCUAAACCCUAAUCCAUUUUCUUCCUUCAUCAUUCUUUAAAUUCCGAUUCAUCAGAUUCAAAUUCAAUUGGUAUCACACUGAACCAUACAUUGUUAAUUAAUUAACGUAAAAAUGGUGAAUUGUGAUCACUGUUUGAGGAACGUUUCUGGAACUCGAAUUGACGAGGGUCAAUUGUGUUGUGAGUAUUGUGGGAAGGUGUUGGAAGAAUGCUUUUUAUCUAACGAGCCAACUUUUCAGAAAGGCGCUGCUGGACAGAGCAAAUUCUCAGGCAAUUUGAUAAGGGCGGUUAAUGAAAUGGCUGACUCACGUCAAAGGACUACAGAUAGAGCUACAGAAAAUAUUAGAAAUCUAUGUCGCAACCUUGGAAUGGAUGAUUAUAGUGUAGCUGAUGCAGCUGUGAAAUUUUAUAUAAUAGGACUAGAGAAAAACUUUACCAGGGGACGUAGAUCUGAACUUGUACAAGCUGCUUGUCUCUAUCUUGCAUUCCGGGAUAACGAUAAGCCAUACCUUCUUAUUGAUUUUUCAAAUGCUAUAAGGACAAAUGUUUAUGCGCUUGGCUCAGUUUUUUUGCAGCUUUUGAAAGUGUUAAGGCUUGAAGAACACCCGAUUGCUCGAAAGCUUGUUGAUCCCAGUCUUUUUAUUUUCAAAUUUACACAUACUUUGUUAAAGCAAAGGAAUGUGGCUGUCUCUGAAUCUGCGCUGAAUAUUCUUUCUGACAUGAAACGUAACUGGAUGCAGACAGGGAGGAAGCCUAGCGGAUUAUGCGGUGCUGCGUUAUACAUGGCUGCUCUUGCAAAUGGUUUUCCAUGCUCGAAAUCAGAUGUUCUAAGAGUCGUCCAUGUAUGUGAAGCAACAUUGACCAAGCGGCUGAUAGAGUUUGAGAACACAGAGUCUUCCAGCUUGACAAUUGAUGAGUUGAAUGCAAUGGCAAAAGAGCAUGAAAACCGUCCAAUUAAAAUACCAAAUGGUGAACCGACCAAAUACAUUCCAGAGGAGGAGGAGGAGGAGGAGGAGGAGGGGGAGGAGGGGGACCCCCUAACAAAGAAGAAGAAGAAGAAGGACCCCCUAAGGUGUGAACACAAGGGUAUGGAUCCUCCAAUACCCCUCUUUGCACUUGGAUUGUGCGAAACAUGUUACAGAUUUUUUGAUAAACUCUCUGGUGGACUUGGUGGUGGUUUGGAUCCUCCUGCAUUCCAGCGUGCUGAGAAGGAUAGAAUGGUGAAGUCACAUUCUGAGGAGAAUGCUAAUAAAUCAGAUGAUUUGGCAAUGGAUUCAAAUGAUGCAUACGAGAGCCAAAUAGAGUUGCAUACCUCCGAGCCUGGAAAUAUUGGGGGAGAGCAUGUGGCCACUAAAGAUGGUGAACAUGAUGAGUCUCGUAUAGAAGAUGAUAUGAAUGAAAAAACUCAUGAUGAAUCAGAAAGUCUCUCUGAUAUUGAUGAUAAGGAGGUUGAUGGCUACCUUCACAACGAAGAGGAAACACGUUACAAGAAGCAGAUAUGGGAAUUUAAUAAUCGAGAGUAUCUUGAGGAACAAGCUGUCAAGGAAGCAGCUGCAGCAGCUGAAAGGAGAAGAUUAGAGGAGGAAUUAAAAAAUUGUACCCCUGAAGAGCGUGAAGCAAGAGAACUUAAGGGAGCUGUUGCUGCAGAUGUGGCAAAAUCCAGAAAGGAAAAGAGAAAACAACGAGCUGAAGAGGAAAGAAGGUUGGGUCCUGCUCAAUCUGCUGUAGAGGCAACUAGCCGAAUGUUGAAAACAAAGAGGCUCAGCUCCAAAGUCAAUUUGGAUCGCUUGGAUAAAUUAUUCGAUAAACCUGCAGCUCCAGAGAAUCCCAAGAAAGUACGAUUUGAAACAAAGGAGGAUGAAUUGGAACCAGUCAACGAAUUUCCGGCUGAUGAAGAUAUGUAUGCAGAAUAUGAUGAUACUAUGUAUCCAGAAAAUAACUACGAGACAUACGACUACGAGGAAGCCGGUGGUUUUUAUGAAUAUUGAUGGUUUUUAGUAAAAGGGUUACCAGAAGCUCUUUCUACUUACGUUAUCUGUGACAUUUUUUGAAUAUAAUCGACAUGGUUGGCAGCACCAGGGGAACCGAAGGUUGUCAAAAGUUUUGGUAUGUUGAGGUUCAUCAAACAGGCUAGAAUCAUUUAUCAGUUUUAGUUCUUUCCAAAAUUGAGUCCAUUCAUUCUUUGAGAACUUAGAAAUUAUAAUUACCUCUCUUUUAUGUAUUGGUAUUUGACCUACUGGUUAUUUAUCCAUCAUGUUUUGUUUGACUUUUUAA